AUGUUCCCUGUCCUGAACUGGCUGUUUUCAUAUCGGUUCAGAGAAUGGAUCUUGAGGGAUCUACAUGCAGGCCUAAGUGUUGGGAUGUUUCAGAUUCCUCAAGAACUUUUAGGAGUUUGGCUGACCAAGUUACCUCUGCCAAAUAUCAAUGGCUUCCUUUCUGCGUUCUGCUGCUCGCUGACAUAUGUUAUAUUUGGGACUUCGCAUCAUAUCUCAAUUGGCUCAUUCAGCAUCCUAAACGUGGCGGUGACAAACAUUCUGAAGAUUCCUAAUUUCAACCAAACAUUGUCCUCUAAUGGUUGGCUCAACAAUUUCUCAGACCCUACAUUUAUGAAAGAUUACACGGAGGCCUUGACACUUACCGCAUCAGUAACAUUUUUGACUGGCAUCAUUCAGUUGCUGCUAGGUUGCUUUUGCCUGGGGUUUGUAACAACAUACGUGCCGAAGACUCUCAUUGAUGCUUACCUCACUGCAGCAGCGUUGCAUGUCAUUGUAUCACAGUUUACCUUUAUCUUUGACAUCAUGUUUGACUUCCAUAAGGGUCCCCUGGGCAUUUUUUAUAAUCUAUUUCAUUACUUCCUGGCUCUCCCAAAGGCUAAUGCCACCAGCAUAUUGCUAUUUUUGCUGAGCAUGGCUGCACUACGUGUCAAUACAUCUAUCAAGAUAACUUAUAAACAUAGUCCUAUUACAUUUCCUAUGGAACUUCUCUUGAUUAUCACAGUCACCAUUAUUUCUAAUCGUAUUCAUCUUCACGCUGAAUCUAGUAGUGCUGUGGUCAGUAGGAUCCCUCAGAGGUUUCUGCCUCCUACGCUGCCAGAUUUAUCAAACCUGAGCAAGAUCAUACAGCAUGCCUUCUCCCUUGCUAUUGUAAGCUAUUUCCUUCUUGUUUUUGUUGGGGAGAGGUAUGCUUCACUUCACAACUACAAUAUUGCCAGCAAUCAGGAGCUAAUAGCAGCAGGGCUAUGCAAUAUUUUCAGCUCAUUUUUCAAAAGCUUUGUUGUCAGCUGUGCCAUUUCUGGAACUGUCAUUCAAGAGAAGACAGGUGGAAGAACACAGUUAGCAGCAGCGAUUGGAGCUUCUAUGAUGCUGGUGAUAGCGCUGAAACUCGGACGCUUUUUCCAGGUGAUACCUAAUGAUAUACUGGCUGCUAUUGUGGUAUUUAACAUGCUUCCUUUUCUUGAAAAAUUUCUGGACCUCCCCAUCCUCUGGAGACGGGAUAAGUAUCAUUUUGUUAUUUGGCUUGUAACUUUUGCUGCAGUGCUUUGUCUUGGUCUUGAUGUCGGCUUAGCAAUUGCCAUGGGAUUUACAUUCUUCAUAAUCACCUUUAGGUCACACAGAAUGAAGAUGGUGGUGCUGGGACAGAUUCCAAACAUGAAUAUUUAUAGAAGUUUAUCCGUCUACAGAGCCGCAAGGGAGAUUGAAGGUAUCAAAAUCUUCCAGUGCUGUUCUUCCAUCUCUUUCGCAAACAUGCAUCACUUCAAAACCUAUUUGUUACGCAAGAUACCAUAUACAGAGAAACUGGUGAAGAAAUGUCACGCAGACAGCGAUUCCUCAUCAUCGUCAGUUAAUUUGGUACAUUGGUCAAAGUAUGGAGACAAACUCAGCUCUAGGACGUUCUUGGUGGGAGCAGCUGAUGCAUCCCCAGACUUUAACACAGGACUUACGACCAAAAAGAAUGAGGAUGAAGUUCACACCAUUAUUUUAGACUUCAGCAUGGUGCAAUUUGUGGAUUUGAUAGGUUCAGAGUUACUGCGACAGAUCAUCCAUAUGUUUCACAAUAUUGGCAUUACAGUCCUUCUAGCUGGCUGUCACUCCUCUCUGAUGGCAGACUUGGAGAAGAAUGAUUUCUUUGGCAGCUGUGUGACCAAAGAAAGGUUCUUUCUAACUCUUCAUGAUGCUGUGCUGGCUGCUUUGGACAACCAUCAACAGCCAGAUGAGCUAGAACCUACUGCGAAAGAGUUUGCUGAAGAACAGUUUGCUGAACAGCAGAAGUGGAUCGAUAAUCCAAUUUGUGUCUUUGAGUCCUGUGUUCCUGUCUGGGAAAAGGAAUCUUCGCACGCAGGCUGGAAAGGCAUCCAGCUGAGUUUUGCAGCAGCGGAUGGCUUUGUUGCAUUUUAA